AUGGCUGACGUCUUUUUGAGUUUCUUCCGCAGUUCGUUGCCGGACGAACUUGCGGCAGUGCUUGAAACCACUAUCAAGGCAACCGAAUCCGGGGAUUUUUUGGAGGUGCUCCAACUACCGGAAGCGCAACUCCUUCUAGGCCGUGAGGACAAUGAAGCCACCAAGGACGUCAGAAGAGGCGAUUUCGCUGUCUGGAACGACUAUAUCUUUCGCCGCCUUGGACUACUCCUGUCAAAACAGAAUGAAGUGGAUUCGGGUUCAAUACAAGAAACAGCAGCAUACAAACAACAUACAUACCUCCUGAUUGCGGUCGCUGCGUUAUAUGCAUUUCUGCAGUCGAAUGUUACUGGACCGCCACUACCUUUCAAGUCUGCCGAAACACUUUUAUCGGAAGACAUCACAGGCGAUGUAAAAGCCCUCAGCAAAGCAAGGGCAGAUCUCGUUGCAUCGCUGAGCACAGAUGGUGUUGCAGCAUACAGACUUACACCAAACAUCGAGCUACUGUGCCUCGCACAAACUAUCCUCAUCAGCCCGGCUAUUCGAAAGAACAUUCCGGCCGCGGCGUGGGCGCGCCUCAGGGCCAAUUUCGUCCAUCAGAGACUGCUCAGCGAGUCGGCACCCAGUCUACAAGAUGCCAUCUAUGACGACUUGAAGGUCGUAGAAGAUUUGAUUCACAACUCAGAUAAGAGCAGGGAGAUCAAGGACUUGCAUCCUAGCUUCCUACUGGAACGAGCAGCGGUCCAUACGCAUCAUGGUCUGGAUAAAAAAGCUAAGGCGGAUCUUGAUCAGGCAACCUCAGAACGCAAGUUCGAAUUUGCAUUGACUGGACUCAUGGGAAAGAGAACGAAGUUCCAGCAGAAAGAUACUAGCCAGCUCAUCGUACUCGCCCGAAGUGCAGGGUCGGAAACCAAUGACGCAGCAGACGCAAGCUCAAAACCAAAAGCCUUGGACCUGAACGACGAUACCUUGCUUGAGUCUAUUUCCUUCACCAACGAUACUGCGUCCAUGGAGAUCAAGGAUGAGUCUUCUCUACCAUCAUCUCUUACAUCCAUGGACCCAUCAAACCAACCUCUACUCGAUCCACUGGAUUCUGUCAUCAUGCUCUCGCUGGCUGAGAGCAUCAAGAACACGAACCCUGCCGAUGGUCUUACAAGAGAACAAACCGAGCCGUACGCUACCAGGGUACUAGAGGGCGGCAGCUCGAACUGGCAAGUUUACACCCAAGCUCUCCUUGUACGCAGUCGCAUCGAAGGCUACAAGUCGCGGACCAUGGAGCGAGGAUUGCUUCAACUGCAAGCACUUGUGGAUCAAGUUAUCGCGGAGACUUCUGGCGACGCGACCACUGAUGCUGAGACGGGCGAGAAGAUCACUUCUUUCCUUCCACAGGCGAAGGACAGCGAGGCGGCAUCUGUUGAAGAGCGCCUUCGCUACAUCUUCCCUCUCUGUUCACCAUCACGUUGGGAGCUAGAGUCUGAGCUUGCUGCUCGAUGGGUCGCUCUAGGUGGUUUGCGAUCUGCGCUCGAGAUCUACGAGAGAUUGGAGAUGUGGGCCGAAGCAGCCCUGUGCUAUGCAGCCACCGAGAAGGAAGAGAGGGCGCGUAAGAUGAUCCGAAGACAACUAUUCCAUGCUACCAAUGGCGAUGAUGAGAACGUGGAUCUCGACGAGGAGAAGUGGGAGGGUGCUGAACGGGACCCACCGCCAGCCGAAGCACCACGUUAUUACUGUAUCCUGGGUGACAUUGACAACGAUCUCUCCAUGUAUGAGAAGGCUUGGGAUGUCUCGGGCAAACGUUACGCGCGCGCUCAACGAUCUCUUGGUCAACGCUACAUCGCAGCACGCAACUACGAGAAAGCCGUAGAAGCCUACGAGCUUUCACUCAAGAUCAACUCGCUCUACCAUCCCGCAUGGUUCGCCCUCGGAUGCGCAUACCUCGAAACCCUCCAAUUCAAGAACGCCGUUGAGGCGUUUUCCCGCUGCGUCCAACUCGACGACCAGGACGCCGAAGCAUGGAGCAACCUCGCCGCCUCUCUUCUGCACCUCAAGCCCAGGAUUCAGGAAACCGAGGAUGGCGAGCUGCAAGAGACAAGAGUGACAAACCAUCCUCGUACCGACGCUCUCAAGGCUUUCAAACGCGCCGCCACCAUCAAGCACGACAACUACCGUAUUUGGAAUAAUGUCCUCGCCGUCAGCGCCUCCACCAACCCACCCUCUUGGUCCGACGUCGUAACUGCACAACGCCGUAUCUGUGAGCUCCGCGGCUCCACCGAAGGCGAAAAGUGCGUUGAUGCAGAAGUCAUCGACAUGCUAGUCAAGCACGUCGUUUCCAGCGAAGAAGAGUUUGAUAUUUCACGUCCUGGUCUCCCCCGCCUCGUAAACGACCUCAUCGAGAAACACAUCAAGCCUCUCAUCACCGUAUCGCCCAAACUAUGGAUCAUUCUAGCAACACUGUACACGCACACCAAGCGACCGAGUUCGGCACUAGAAUGUCACGAGAAGGCGUGGCGAGCAGUGACGAGUCAGCCGAAAUGGGAAUCUGGUACCGAAGUAGAGUGGAAUGCCGUUGUUGAGAUGACGAUGGAUCUACUGGAUGCCUAUGAGACUUUGGGACCGCGUGAGCGCACCGAGGGUCUGGCGGCUGGAAGUGGGGAGCUGGUGGCCAAGGACUGGAAGUUCAAGUCAAGGAGUGCGGUGAGGAGUGUCAUGGGUAAGGCGGAUCACUCACGGAGCGAUAUGAACGCUAGAGAUCUCAACGGGUGUGAGCUUCAAGGUGGCACGGUUGUAGCCGGCGCUACCUAUGUACUCAUCUUCGUAGGAUAUCAUAAACCCACGAUCAUGUUGUUUCUAUCGAAAGUCCUUCUCUUUGCGCCAUACCUAUUACCCAUCUUGGCGAGUGCUCAUCACUCUCAACGGCAAGGGCCCUUCGCCCUGACGUUAAACCCAACGUCUAUCAUAGCUUCACGAGUCAACUCUUCAGGUCGUGUCGAACUACGGACAUACCAGGCCACCUCCGAGUAUCUCUCGUACUUUGACAACACCAUAAGCCAAUUCGAUCCGCAAGAUAGAUUCAACGAGCCAUGGGAAUGUAGCAAGGCUGCAAUAUCCACGUUUCGCACUGCUAUCGCUGGCAUUACGAGGGACUUGACCGAAUCUCUCGGACAUAGACCCAAAUAUUCUACACUAGUUUGCCCUGCGAUCUUCAGCCAUUCAUCUUGGUGCGCCGCCUACCGAGCAAUCCGCACCUCACCCGAUGAUGACGACAGACCAUUCAAUCAACUAAAAAUAGACGAUCGACCGUUCAGCGAAAGAUUUGGGGGAGCGGCCGCUUGCGAGGCUUAUGACUUGUUUCAUCGAUGCGAUCGGUUGGGUCGAGCGCCUGAAGACUGUGACGAGGAUGGCCCUGUGAACUUGAUCAUUGGGGUUGAAUACGAACAAAGCUAUAUGCAUGUCAGGCUUUUCGAAAUGGUAUAUGACCACCAUGGUUAUGCAAACGUUGCUGAAAAGAUGUGCCUCAAGUGCGGGCUUCGUUUCAAUGAGGAUCGUAUCCGCAGCUUCCUGCAUAGCUCCAUCCGAGAAGUAGUAGCGAGCGAUAAGUGGUAUGAGAUGGACGACCUUCGGGCAGUGGUUGUCGUCGGUGAAGUUCCGCGAGCAGCAAUCGCAAAGCUGGAAAACUUAGUCCAGGAGACCCUGAAGUUGGACCAUAUCACGAUGCUGAACGACAGUGAUGCAGCUCUUGUCAAAUCCUAUGGUGCAGCUUCGUAUGCUUUGCAUACUGAAGUUCAUCCUGAGUCUAUCAAGUAUUCGUAUCGCCGCCGCUGGAGGUAG